UCGACGACACGUCUCGGGGCAGUCGGGUGAGUCGGGCCGCCAGUGGUGCCAGUCGGCAGUCGCCAGGUCGCCAGACGGCAGGCAGCAGAGUCAAGAGUGGUCAGACGGCCGAGCUGGGCCGAGCUACGUCGAUUAGCGCGCACACUGCCGCUUUGCGCAUAGCACCGUGAGAGUGCGUAGCGUUCAGUGCUGGAAGAGAAAAAAAAAAUGGUGGUUAUUUGGGUGUAGUCGGGGCGACGUGUCUGCAACACAAAUAUCCUUUCAGUUCCUCGGGUACUAGAAAUUCGCUAUCCAGCUCUCGGCAAAUUGUAUGGCGGGAUACAUAGCCCAAGUCCAAAAUGUUACAGAUACGGAUAUUUUAAAUCUCAUAACAAAGACUGCUCGUUAAGAGAUAUAUAGUCACGAUUGGAAAAGUUUUAAUUCGGUUACAUUGAGGAGGCGACGAUAAUAUGAAUCUUAUUAAUUUUACAUCGGGGCGAAGCUGAGUGUAGAAGCGCAAGGGAAAAGGGAAAGUAAUUUUGUGAAAUAGGAUCUUAAAUAAAGUUGGUUAUGUGCAAUGCCGAGAUGCUACAAUGACAGCAAGACAGUGAGUUCAGUGAGCAACAACUGUAAGCACAGUACAGACGAUAUUAUAUUAACGCAAUCGCAUGCUUUCUCGAUUGGAAGUCAAUUGAACAUAGACGAAGAUCCCUCGGUAGUUGAAAAAUCACACAGACGGCUUCGGUGUGACCUAAGUCCUGUCCCAACAAGUACAAACUCCAAUUUAAACAUAAAGCUUCUUGGUUUAAAGAGUGAUAAAGGUACUCGUCAGGAUCAUCAGGUGAGCACUGGAUCUGGGGGGCACAGAGAAAAAAAUAGGGAGACUAAAAAGAGAGCAGCUAUAGAAAACACAGUGCGUGGAUUCUUCUCAUCUGGCCACAGCAGGCAGGACAGGUAUGAGACAAAUAGGCAACGUUCUUCAGGUGGAACUGGCGGAGGCUUGUCUAGUUUAUGUCCCAAGCUGGUGGCCAGUGGAGGCACUGGCAGCCAAAGUGGCAUUAGUUUGGCAGUGGGCCACUUAGCCUCUCAGGAAAGCGGAGGCCCUUGCGCAGUUGUAACGACCCAAAGGAUCCACGCACACAAUCACAAACGCCAAAGAAAGCUAGCUAUUGUCGCGCAGGCAGGUCCUAGUGCCAACACUACAGGUGAUAGGAAGGUAUUAUCCAAUAUAAGUCGUUCGGCUAGUAUUUCCAAAAAGCAAAUUCGAGCACAGCGACACGAUCAGAGUACUGAUUCUUUAUCUAUAACUAGCAACGGUCUGUCGACCAGUUCACCAUCUUCUAAAAAGAAAGUACUAUCUGCCUUGCGUAUCUCUGAUCGAUCAUCCACCCAAAGUGUGAAUUCAUCAUCCUUAGAUCAUGAAAAUGAUCGUAGUUUCAGUGAUGCUGAAGAAGCAAUCGCAGCAACGGAGAAUGCGUUUGCCACACCAGGGUCUAGUUCUACACCUUCUACACCAAUUAGUAAAGUAAAAUCAGCAAAAUUCAGCAAAGAUGAGGAAGCAAAUGUGGCACGUGAUAUUCUUGCAGAACGUACCGAUUCAUCAAGGAACGCUGCAGAUGUGCAACACGUGAUUUUAAAUGAGUUCGAACAAAGAAAUGUUAUGCCAAUAAAACCAUCUGUAGUACACGAAUUUCAUGCGGUUAAUCAGGAAAGUAUUACAAAUGAUAAGCAAAAAUCAUUGUUGAGCUCUACUCUCGGCGCCAGAUCAAUUAGUAAUAACGACCAAAAAGUUCUGAAACAUAAAAAUACAAAUUCUGGAGAGAAAAUGAUUGAACAUCAUAGUAGUAAAGACGUCGAAUCAACUAACAUAGAAAAAGAUGUAAAUGAUACUAUGAUAUCGACAGAGAUAGAAAUGAAUUCCACAAACGAUAAUAGUGAAGGUAAACAAGCAAAAAGUAGAGAAUCCGUAGGGUACACGGAUAGUGGUGAUAAUGGUGCAGAUAAAGAGACCACAGAACCUUUGAAUACCGUAAGUAGCGAUAAGAAGGAGAAGAUAUCGAGGGUCAAAAGUAACACAGGUUUAAGCGAAGAGGUAAUUAAAAGUUCGAGGUUUGUAACAUCAAAGGUAUUGGAAGAGAUAACGGAUGCCGACACCAAGACGGUGGAUGUAGAGAAAGAGGUGGAGGAGGAAAGAGUUACGAUAUACGAUGACGAUGGCACCAGCAUCAGCGACAUAGUAGCAGCACAGGCGCUUCAUGAAUCGUUAAGUAAAUUAGGCAAAGUUCCGCCGUUAGACACCGAGAUGGGAGAGGUGCAGAAUAAAAAUUUGCGAGACGAGACAGAAAUAAGAGAGCAUCCUGAAAAGGAUAUAGUUACGCAGGAGGAAACGGUGGAAGGUUUUAUUGGUCCAUUACUCGACGAAAACUUUAAGGCGGAUGAAAAAUUGUCGCAAAAAACAAUGGCAAUGGAAGAGGUGCAAAAUUUAUUAAUGAAAGUUAAGGUGCAGACUGUCGAGGACGACGAUGAUGAGGAGAAAGCCGUCGGUAUUUCACCGGAUGGAAGAUUUCUGAAAUUUGAAGAGGAAAUUGGUCGUGGCAGUUUCAAGACUGUUUAUCGCGGGUUAGAUACUCAAACUGGCGUAGCUGUAGCUUGGUGCGAGUUGCAGGAGAAAAAAUUGAAUAAAACAGAGAGAUUGAGAUUCAGGGAAGAGGCUGAAAUGUUAAAAGGAUUACAACAUCCGAAUAUUGUAAGGUUUUAUGAUUAUUGGGAAGUUACACUUACUCGUAGAAAAUAUAUUGUACUAGUCACUGAACUUAUGACAUCGGGAACAUUGAAAACAUAUUUGAGGAGGUUCAAGAAGAUUAAUCCUAAAGUAGUAAAAUCUUGGUGUCGGCAAAUCUUGAAAGGCCUGAGCUUCCUUCACUCUAGGUCACCGCCCAUUAUUCAUCGUGAUUUGAAAUGUGAUAAUAUUUUUAUCACGGGUACAACAGGAAGCGUGAAAAUUGGCGAUUUAGGUCUUGCAACAUUGAAGAAUCGUAGUUUUGCAAAAAGCGUUAUCGGUACACCGGAAUUUAUGGCGCCUGAAAUGUACGAGGAGCAUUAUGACGAGUCAGUCGACGUUUAUGCCUUCGGAAUGUGUAUGCUCGAGAUGGCUACUAGCGAGUAUCCAUAUUCCGAAUGUACAGGACCAGCACAAAUAUACAAACGCGUAGUAUCGGGUGUUAAACCACAGAGCUACGAUAAAGUUGAAAAUCCAGAGGUACGUGAUAUCAUAGAAAUGUGUAUACGUCUGAAGAAAGAAGAACGACCGCUUGUUAAGGACUUACUUAAUCACGAAUUCUUCGCCGAUGAUGUUGGACUGAAAUUAGAGAUGGUAUCGCGAGAUUCGGCGGUUGCGGAUAUGGAGCAGUCGCGUGUUGAGUUUAGAUUGCGUGUGCUGGAUCCUAAGAAGCGCAGCAACAAACACAAGGAAAACGAGGCGAUACAAUUUGACUUUGACAUACAGACUGAUAACGCGGAAGAGGUAGCUUUAGAAAUGGCGAAAUCUAGCCUGAUAUUAGAGGAAGAUGCUAAAGCGGUGGCUAAGAUGUUGAAAUCGCAAAUUACCACUCUAUUGCGAGAACGAGAGGAACGUAAAGCCAAAGAAGAGAAGGAACGCUUGGACAGGGAAACUGCCGCCACAGCCACAGAAGUCACAGCAGCUAAUGCUGCAAACGCCGAGAACUUGCUACAGCAGCAACUGCUUCUUCAACAAAUGCAAUUGCAGCAGCAGCAGCAGCAGCAACAACAGCAACAGCAACAACAAAUUCAAUCUAAUAUUAGUAUGCAAAUGCAAAAUCCAGUCCCGAUGCAAUUGCAACAAACUCAAAUGCCCAUUCAACAACAGCAACUACAAUCGACCGGUCAACAAGCUCAACAGCAUAAUUUACAAGCGCAGCAGGUUCAGUUGGUCCAGCAACAACCGAUUAUCCAACAACAAACGUCGGUCGUGCAGUCCCAACAAGCACAACAAAUGCAAUAUCAACAGCAAAUACAGCAGCAGUAUCAACAGCAACAACAGCAACAGUAUCCUCAACAUGUUCCGCAGAGCUUGAACGCGAAUUCUCCACAAUGUUCGACUCCGCAAAACGUUCAGGCUCAACCUCAAUUUCCACAGGUGCCGCAGCAGAUGCAACAACAGCAGCAGCAGCAUGUUCAGCAGUUACAGCAACAGCAAUAUAUACAGUUGAAUCAGAUGAGUGUUCCGCAACAAAUUCCUCAUCAGAUACAGCAACAAAUGCAGCCUCAAAUGCAGAUGUUGUCCCAACAGCAACAGCAGCAAAUGCAUCAACAGCUUCAACAACACGCGCAGCAACAGCAAUACGCGACGCAAUCGCAACUUCAGCAUGUUCAGCAGUUACAUCAACAACAUACCGUUGGUUCGCCGUCUGUUCAGAAUCAGCAAUACUAUCAGCAGAACGCUGGUUCCUCGGGAUACGUAUCAGCGGGUUCUUUGUAUCAACAAACCAUGCCGCAACAAAUAUUUCACACAUAUACCACGUCUACUAAUCCCUCUGGUCACGUAGAAAUUUUAUCGUCCACUCAAACUGCGACGCAGAUUUACUCUCACACGAGUUUACCCGCGGGCGCGAUGCCCGCAUCCUCACAGUCGCAAUACAUCCCAUCGACAGGUCAAGUUCAAACAUCUAUACCAUCGGGCAUAAGUGUCAAUAAUACGUCGGCUGUGACUCAUAUGCAAAAUGUCCCGACCUCGACGAUCCCCAAUAUACAAAGCGCGCCCGCUUUGCUCGGCAAUACCGGCCCACAGCCUCAGUCUCAACAAAAUAUUCUCGUGCAAAUGCAGUAUUCGCAAAACGCGAAUGUCAUGCCCAAUUCUAUUUCGAUAACGCCCAAUAUAGCGAACGUCUCAGCGCAAUCAUCCACUAAUCUGCAGCAGCAACAUCAACAUUUUCUUUCGAAUACGGAUCAAUGUCCCACGACUGACAGGUCUUCCCUGAUAAAACAAGAUACAAUGGAUUCAGUGCUGUCUCUGCCACCAGAUCUACCAAUUAAUUUACAGCAAGAUCAAAUUGCUACACCUGCUCCAGUCACAACGGGCGUUUCACAGCAGAGUGUAGCGUCAAACGAUGGAGUCACGCCAGAAAAUUCCGAAAGCGUUCCCGCUUCCGAGAGAAGCCGGAUAAAACGUACAGGAACUAAACGUAAGAAGCCGGGCAUUAAAUUAACAGUCUUGUCUGUCAGUAGUGGCGAAGGACAAUCAAUGACUGUCGAGUGCCAGUUAGAUACGAGUAAACAAAAGACUGUUACCUUUAAAUUUGAUCGAGACGAUAUGGUACCUACAGACAUUGCCAAUAAUUUGGUUGCUGAAAAUCUAUUGCCGCAAUCUCAAUGCGAGACGUUCGUAGAAUUAAUUGAAGACAUUGUCAAACAAUUGCGGUUGGAUCCUACGCGAGCCCUACCUUUGGUAGCACAUGGUCCACCUGAUCAAUCUGCCGGUGGAAGCCCGGUUACAAGUCGACGUCCUAGGGAUCGCGACCACAGUCUCGAUACAGCUAAGCAGGUGAGACAUGGCUCGCUAACACGUCAAAGCAGCCACCGAUCGUCGUACAAAGUCCACCGUAGACACCGUUCGAGAGACGAAACUUCAAAUACUUCUACUCCAACGAAAUUGUUGCCGAUCGAUCAGAUUAUUUCUCAUAUUGCCAAUACCAGUUUGGAGAAGCAGCAAGUCGCUCAGACUCCUGAUAGUCAAGCCGGUGCCGAAAAUACAUCAGCCGAAGCUUCCAGGAGGUCAUCUACAUCUACACAAAAUACCGACACUUUAACACCUACAAAUAUACCGAGUGACCCGACGGAUAAUCAAGAAACUAUCGUUUCUGCAACGUCCGCGGAAACAGUUGUGGAAGCACAGCAUAAUAUUCAGGAUGAUGCUAGUAAUUCGGCCUUUAAAUCUUAUCAAACAACUACAACGCAUGCUCAGACUCAAAUACAGGAUACAAUAGUGAGCGCAAGUAAUGCAAGUGAAGCAUCGAAAGAAUCUCAAGAACAGCAAGAUGGAGUAGAUGUAAAGGAAUCUGGAAUAAUUAAAGAAAUAAAUGCGGCCGACGUUGCUGCAGAGAUAUCGACUUUAACGGUACCGACGCCAAUGCGCAAAGUUUCUCGCUUCUUAGUUAGUCCUGUGACCGAACAAAAAAAUAUCGCACCUGAAGGGGAAUCUUCUGCCGGUGAAAGCAUAGAUCGUACAAAUAUCGCAAUGUCGCAGUCAGCAUCGCAAUCUGUUGCACCUGUUACGAACGCGGAGCUUAUAUUGAAAAAUGAGGAACAAAUAAAUCACACGGAGGCAAAUGUUUUAGAAAUUCAGAGUGCAACGACGCACGAACAAACUAACAAUAACGAAACAAUAGUUCAGAAUAUUCCGUAUGCCAUAGAACAGACAGACAGCGCGCAACAAAUCUUACAGCCGGGACAACAGUCGAUCGGACUGCAGCAGAGCAUUAUUCAAAUGCAAACUCUGCAACAAGUAACGGGACACGUGCAACAAACCACGACUAUCGGACAGUCGAACCAGCAUACCAUAAUCGUCCAGGGUUCUACGAUAACGUCGCAACAAAUACCUCCAGCUAGUAUGCAGCAUUUUGUGCCGGUUAAAUCGCAGGAGUUGCAGCCUCAACCGCUCCAUUCGAAUGGAAUAGUCCAAACACAGGCGCAGUAUCCAAAUCAACCGAUGAUACAACCCAAUGUUGUAAUGCAACCACCACAGCAGCAAAUUCCUAUACAGCAAGGCAUAAUGCAGAUGCACGUACAAGCGGAACAGAUGCAGGUCCAGCGUCCGGUGGUUCAGCAGCAAUUCAUUCCGCAACAGAUGCAGCCUCCGACGCAGCAGUAUGUGAUGCUAUCGGGCCAUAUGCAACCGGUGCAAUCAACGCUUAUGGACGAUCGAAAUCGUAGAGUGUCGAGUUUGUCCACAGCAUCCAAUGUAUCCACAGACUCUCAAAUUUUGGAAUCGUCCGGCAUAGCCGAGGAAAAGAGGCAAGGCGUGAACACAACUAAUAUACCUGUAACACAUAUGCAACACAUACAAGUUGUUUCGCAAGACAUCCCCGGUACAAUGCCGUUGCCGCAAAGCGCUAUAGAAACCACUCAAUCUCAUCAAAACGUGCAACAUGUUCCGGGAACCAUCCCUCCAUCCAUGCCGGUACCUGCUUCUGCACAUCCGGUUGCUGCCGCAGACAUUUCCACACCUAAAGUCCCCGUUAAAACGAAAGAGAUGUCCUCGACGCUUCCAGAUCUUGCGCAAAAUUUAGCAAAUAUACUUUCCAAUCCGAAAUCAAAAUCUGCCACGCCUCAUCCUUUGACCAACCACGAACCAGCUGCUGUUCCUAACGUUGCCGCUUCCGCAUCAGUUGACUACAAACCUGUGCAAUCCGAGCAGUAUUUUCAGCCUAUACAACCGGAGGCGAGUCAACUGCAAAUUCAACCGCCUAUUCAACACAAUUAUCAAGGGCAGAUUGUGCAUCAGGGAUAUCAGGGACAGCAGAACUUUCAGCAAGCGUUUCAAAAUCAGCAGGUGCUUCACCAGAAUCAAGUGCAGCCGAUACCACAGUCGGUUCCGUUAACAAUCCCUCAACAGAUUGACGCGCAGUCACAGAUGGUGCAGUCCAUUCUUCAGAGUGUAUCGACUCAAUCGACCGCUCAAGGAAAUUGGAUCGUGACUAAUCAAACUCCUUUACAGCAGCCGAUACGACAUGUACAACCAAAUCAGCUGCAGCCGCUGCCAAAUCAAUUGCAGUUACAACAAAUUCCUUUGCAGCCGCAAAUGCAUCAGCAGAUCAUGCAAGACCAACAACACAGCGAAUCUCCCGCCAUAUUAGAUCAAUCACACUUACAUUUAAAGCUUCCGGAACAACAUUUGGCCAAAUCUUCGGAAAUUGAGAAUCUGGAAUCUUCGAGUUCAAAUUGUAUACGCCGUGCUAGUUCCGAUUGCCAGUUACUUACAUCCGAAAAUGAGAAUUCCAGUCACGAUGUGACGCCUGAGCACACUCUUGUUGAAUCCAUCGAUUCUACAUCGAUUCUGCAACAACAGUUGUCGCAAUCACAGCAGCAGCAACAGCAACACCGCAAACUCAGUCAACAGAAUUCGUUGGACAAAAUGUCGGAUAUAAACUGCGUCGGGACUGUUGGAGGUGGUGCAGGACCGCAAACUAUAGCUGACUUACAUCAGAAACUUGUACAAUUGACAAGUCAGCCGUCGGAAUCGCUGAACGUUGGUACACCACCUAUAAGCUAUCCUGCCACACCUCAUAAUAAUCAAGUGGUUGGAGGGUACGACGCGUAUAUGCAUUCUUUGCAACAGAAACUAUAUAAUAUUGGCGUGCCAGUUUCGUCUGCGAAUGCCGCAUGUCCGUUAUCUCCUCAAACAACAAUACAUUCCUCCACUAUUCUCACCGAUACGCAAGCCGACACGACUAUCGAGGGUUCCACUAUAACGCAAGACAGUUCUGGUGCACUUUCACAAACUAAUGUGGAAUGUUCCCUUGACAGUCCAACACCAGGAGCUCCUACAGGGUCCGAAAAUAUGAGCCCAAGCAAAGAAAAUGUAAAGAUGCGAGCUCAAAGACCGGGAUCCCGUUUACAAGAAUUGGAGCAGGAAUUGGCUAAGAUUCAUCACAGAGGAUCGGUUUUCUCAGCAGCUCCGAAUCAGCCAUUAACACCGCCUACAUCCGUACAAACGCAACAAUCUGUGCAAAAUUUGUUGACGACUGCCCAGCCAGUGUCAGUGGUACCUGUGGCUACUGUCACUCCUAAUAUCGUGACACCACGGUCUGGUACCAAUACUCCAAUUCAGGCAGAACUCCAAGACGCUACUAAUGAGAAGGCGAAUCCUACUCAGCCUAUUAGAAAAAUAUCAAGAUUUGUGGUUUCUAAAGUUGCGGGUCCGCCUACUCAUGGCAAUGUUGCUAUUAAUCAACAACAGGUUGUUGAUGCUGCAAGAUCUCAAUUACAACAAACGGAAGAAUUAAAAAUUUUAGAACGGCAAAAUAUUCUUUCUCAUCAUACAGAUGAUCUACAUGGUGUAUCUGCACAAAUACUUCAUAGUCGAGAGAAUUCUGUUCCGCCAACUGUACAGGCAAUUCAUGGUACUAAUAUUUCAAAUAUUGAACCUGAAAAAGAAGAGAGAUUUGUAGCUCUUACACCGAGUGAAGAAUACCAAUUACUUAUAAAAAGACAAACUUCGGAACUAGAAACAUUGCAAAGAAGACACAGGGAAGAGUUGGAACGUUUCCAACAACAACAACUACAAUUGCUUAUACAGCAACAAGCAAGCGCGCUUCAUCAUCAGCAUCAUCCGUUGCUUUACCAUACGGUUGCAACAAAUAUUUCCGGACCUAGAAUUCCAGGAAUGGAGGACUAUCUGAUGUUUGGUACAGCGCCGCAGACUCCCCUGCAGAAAGGGCCGAACAACUAUCCUGACACGGAUGAGACUUUACGGCUGGCCAUGCAGAAAUUGAAGCAGACUCCACUGCAGCUUCAACCGCAGCAGGCAUCGGCUGGAAUACCGCAUGCUUAUGUUAUUCCAAUUCCAGUAGUGCCUUCUGAAAAUAUGCAAAGUGUAGUUUCUCAGCAAAGUAAUAACUGCUCGAAUGAUAUAUCCGAGAGUAUUGAUACGACGCACAGCACGGCGGUUGGAAAUCCGACGCAGUACCAAUUCGCUCCUAUAUUAUCAGAAGGAACGAAUAUCCCGUCGACAACUGGACCGUUAUCCGCGCCCGCGCCCUUAUCGAUACCCGGCGCGACAAGCGCCUACAUACAGUAUCACGAGGGCCAGCCGCUACCGAAUUUUCAGACUUUCAGCUGCACACCUCACGGCGGUUUCUUUUUGCCAGCUGGCUAUCGGCUGAUAUAUACGCCGCCCACGACUCAAUCUCAGCCGGCGACACCUGCCACGUCUCAUGUGACAAGUUCUUCGCGUGACGAUACGCCUCCGACGGCGGAGCCGCACUACUCGACCACCGUCGAAAACUCAAUGAUUCCUCCUUCGCAUUCGGAUCAAUAACGCAACAUUCGGCUCACACGCUUCUAUAUUUUUCGGUCAAUCUGCGUUCGUUCUUAGUUUAACGCGUUAGUUUAACUCAGUACUGUUAGUGCAGAGUUUUGCAUCGUUAUCGUCACGAAUGUAACCCGAAUAUAUAAUUUGCUGUGAAAUGCGCGCGCCAUUGCUAGACAUUAUCAUAAAGGUGCGAAGACGGAUCGAACAAAAAAAAAAAAGAAAAGAACAUGAGUGGAACUAUAUGUAAUGUUUUUCGAUGUAUGACGCACUUGCGUAUAUUAAACAAAA